CACAUCAGAAAAAACAAGACAUAAGGUACAUUGUUAUUUGAUUAACUUCUUUAUGAUAUUGUUAUAUGGGCGAGUGUAAGUAGCGCAAUCAGACAUCGGACGAUGAAAUCAGUACAAUGAUAAUGCAUUUUCCCGCAAUAUAAAUCCCUUUUGCGUUUCAUAAUCAAAAGGACUAGACCACUAAGUUCCGUAGGAGACAAAAUGGUUUUCGAUUCGCUUUUUGGUAACAUUAUCAGCAUCGCUGUUACGCUGGUAAGCAUAAUCAUAGUUUACUACAAAUGGACGUACCAAUACUGGAAGAGAAGAAACCUGCCGUAUUUAGAACCAAGUAUACCAUUCGGAAAUUCUGUCAAUCCCUUAAGACGCAAAGAACAUAGCUCCAUACGACUGAAACGCACUUACGAUUACAUGAAAAGCAAAGGAUGGAAACAUUGUGGAUUGUUUACAGUUUUGACACCUACAUACCUAGUAAUAGAUUUAGACUACUUGAAAAACAUAAUGACGAAAGAUUUCCAAUACUUUGUUGAUCGUGGAAUCUACCACAACGAAAAGGAUGAUCCUCUAAGUGCACACUUAUUUGCGAUUGGUGGUCAAAAAUGGAGAAAUUUGAGAACAAAAUUAACACCCACUUUUACAUCAGGAAAAAUGAAAGCGAUGUUCCAAACGCUGGUGGACUGUGUACCCAACUUCGUAGACAAAAUUGAGUCCGAUCGUGUGAAUGAAAAGCCCAUUGAUAUUAAAGAAGCCCUUGGAUGUUUUACGACAGAUAUCAUCGGUUCUUGUGCGUUUGGUCUUGAUUGUAACGCGUUCGAAGAAGAAAACUCACCAUUUAGAGAAUAUGGACGCAAGUUUUUCAUUCCGACUUUUUCUGGAAUGGUGAGAGGUAUCUUCUUGGCGAAUUUUCCAAACUUAGCUAGAACGUUAGGACUGAGUUUAACUCCCAAAGAUAUUUCCGAUUUCUUCAUCAAAGUUGUCAACGACACGGUCACUUAUAGAGAAAAGAAUAACUUCACUCGUAAAGACUUCAUGCAGUUGUUAAUCGACCUUAAGAACAACAAACUCGCCACUGAAAACGGUUAUAAACAUGAUGGUAAUACUUUAACUAACGACGAAAUUGCUGCACAAAGCUUUGUGUUUUUCAUUGCUGGAUUUGAAACGUCAUCCACGACCAUGACUUUUGCGCUUUACGAACUUUCCAAAAAUCAGGAGAUUCAAGAUAAGGUUAGAGACGAAAUUAAUACGGUUUUGGCAAAGCACGGUGGUAAAAUCACUUACGAAGCAAUACAAGAAAUGAAAUAUAUGGACCUUGUGCUCAACGAAACUUUAAGAAAGUAUCCACCCCUGCCUGUACUUACCAGAAAGUGUGUGAAGGAGUAUAAAAUUCCAGAUGAAGAUAUUAUUAUAGAGAAAGGUACUAUUAUUGCUAUACCAGUUUUGGCGAUUCACUAUGACGAAGAUUAUUAUCCGGUUCCGGAAAAUUUUGAUCCAGAAAGAUUUACUGAAGAGAAUAGAAGCAAGAGACACAAUUAUGCUCAUAUUCCGUUUGGUGAAGGACCUCGAAUCUGCAUAGGUGCUCGUUUUGGUCUAAUGCAAUCUAAAGUGGGUCUCACUUUUUUGCUAAAGAGUUACAAAUUUAAAGUCAAUCGAAGAACAGUGGAACCACUAAAGAUCAAAGCGAACUCUUUUAUUUUAUCGGCGGAAGGAGAAGUAUGGUUGGAUGCAGAAAAAAUAUGAUUUUGUUAUAUCACUCUAUAUUUAUAGAUAACUGUAUUUUGUGUUAGUCUACUUUGUAUAACGAUUCUUAAAUUUUCAAUGACCUUCACCAAACAAUAUUGAUUUGUAUUUCAAAACAAUAACCAAUAUUCUCAGAAGCAUGUUCUAAUUACGUAUGUUAAUAAUUACCCUAAAUUGGGUAGUUUACUUUAAAACUUAGAAAAAUUAUACAUCUUUUCUGUGUUCUCCUUUAGUACUGACAUUUUUGUAUGUAUUGUAUAAAAAGUGAAGUUAACGAUCAUCGAACUUUGCAGUGUGGGGGUUUAAAAACAACGAUUUUUUUAACUAAUUGAUACUCUGGUGAAAAAUCGUUCAUGAAGAAGUUCAAACUGGGAGGCUUGUAUGUGGCUACUAUAAACUCACAAUUUUCUUCAAAGUUGACAAAAAAAUUCCACUCAGUUAACUCCUAAUAUUAAUCUAAAUAUAUUAAUGCAAUGUGAUAUGAUUCAAA